AUGGUAAACACAACAGCAAAUAAUCAUACCGGCUCAGUCGUCGCCCGAGACAAUAAGGACCGCAUUGCAGCUUUGGGGACUAGGAGCUACAAUGAAAAGUUUGUUACUGAGUUCCAAAGAGGUAAAAUGAAGAUAAAAUUCACAGUUGGAAUUUGGAAUGUGAGGUCACUGUGGCAAGCUGGAAUAUAUGCGAUGAAAGCAAGAAGAGCAUUAAUUGAAUACAAUCCAGUAAAUGACGAGUUGAUGUAUGCUAGAUUCAAAAGAUAUCCAAGAGAUAGUAUUGUGAUAGUUGCUUAUGCGUCAACAACAAAUCAUUCGGAUGAUGAAGUUGAAACGUUCCACGAACAACUGGAACAAACAUUGAAAACAUUACCAAAGAAAGAUGUAAAGAUCAUAGUUGGGGACUGGAAUGCUAAAAUUGAAAGUGACAACAUUGGAUUUGAAGAAGUAAUGGGAAAAUACGGUGUAGGAGAUAGAAAUGAUAGAGGGGAAAGUUAUUUGUUUCCAUCGAUUCGACCACCUCUCUAUCCCCUGCCCAUGCCCUCAUCGCCCAGCAACGCCAAGUCAGACAAAUGCUUCAAUCCAAGUGAAUCUCUCAAAAAAAUAAAAAUUGUUUAA